UUUGCUUUCAUUUCGAACAACAGUUUUGUGGAAAAGAAGAAGCAAACAGGAAAGAACGGAAGCACGAAUUCGAUAUAAAAGUACAAGGAAGAUGGAAAGAUUAAUUUGAAAUUAAGCUGGAGUUUCGUUUCUGUUCUUCCCCUCUCAUAAAAAAAAAGGAAAGUUAUGUUGCAGAGAAAAAAGCAAAGGAUUUCUCGUAAAUUCACCGAUAAAUCUGAUCUGUUCGAUGGAUUACCUGAGGAUCUUGUUAUUUCCAUCCUUUCCAAGCUCGCUUCUUCCGCUUCUUCCCCUUCGGAUUUCAUCAACAUUCUCGUAACAUGUAAGAGAUUAAACCGUUUGGCUCUUCAUCCUUUGGUUUUAUCAAAAGCUGGCUCUAAAGCUUUGGCCGUCAAAGCUAGAAACUGGUGCGAUUCCGCUCACCAUUUUCUCAAACACUGCAUUAACGCCGGCAACGUUGAAGCUUGCUACACUCUCGGCAUGAUCCAAUUUUACUGCUUACAAAACAGAGGAAGCGGAGCGUCGUUACUGGCUAAAGCAGCAAUCAAAUCCCACGCGCCAGCUCUGUACUCUCUCGGAGUCAUUCAAUUCAACGGAAGCGGUGGUUCGAAGAACGACAAGGAUCUCCGUGCCGGAGUAGCCUUAUGCGCGAGAGCCGCUUUCCUAGGCCACGUGGACGCCCUGCGUGAACUUGGCCAUUGCUUACAAGACGGUUACGGCGUGCGCCAACAUAUAGCCGAAGGACGCCGGCUGCUCAUCCGAGCCAACGCGCGGGAACUUGCGUCGUCUUUAAACGCCUUAGUCAAACGAAAACCCCAGCAACAACACCAACGUCGUUUAAAUUAUCAACAUUAUAGUUUCAAGGCGGGUUCGGGUUGUCCGUUAUUGAGUGAUUUCGGGUGCAAUGUGCCGGCACCGGAGGUCCACCCGGUGAACGUGUUUUCAAAAGAAUGGUUCGAGUCAGGGAGGGGUGCGUUGGGGCAGGGGCUAAGGCUUUGUUCCCAUAAAGGGUGCGGGAGGCCCGAGACAAGGGCUCACGAGUUUAGGAGAUGCUCGGUUUGCGGCACCGUGAACUAUUGCUCCCGUGGUUGCCAAGCGCUUGAUUGGAAGUUGAGACAUAAGGCGGAAUGUGGACCGAUUGAAAGGUGGUUGGAAGAAGGCGGUAAUGGUGAUGACGGCGGCCACGGCGGUGUUGGAGAAAUGGAGGAAGUUGUGGAAGCUGAACAUUUUGCUAUUUAAAUCAUAAAUGCAAUUAUGGGUAAAAGAAAUUCUUUUUUUCUUUCUUUUAAUGUAUGGGAUGCUUUCUUUUAUGUACAUAAGAAAGGUUUUGACUUUCGGAUUUUAAUAUGUUAAAUUUGUAUUUUUUUUAUGAAAAAAGUGCGGGAUUAGACUUCUAAUAAA